ACAUCUGCCCAGUGCUUGUGAUUAUGCCCGUGUUUACGGACUCAGGCUCACACAGCUUUACCGCACCGAGGAGGCAGCGGGGUCCCGGCCACUAUGGCCGAAGCGGUGCGGUCUCGGAAACCUAAGAGCAAAUCGAGUCAAAGCAAGGAGAAAAAGAAGAGACAUGCAGCUGAAGGUCUAAACACAGAUAAAGUUCCUCUUUUAGAGAAAGAGACAGACAUCUUUUCUAAGGUUCUAGAUGUUGACUCAUCUAUAAAUAGAGACACUCCUGACUAUUUCACAGAAAUCCAGCUUAAUGAUGAAACAGUUGCACUAGAUGUCAACAGGUUAAAUAACUUGCCUCCUUCUUUAACAGUUACUGGUGAAGCAUCUAAAGUAUCCAGUACAGAUUUUGAGAGCAAAGAUCGGACUAAAGAACUUGAUAAAACAUGCUGCACAAACAACCAGGUGCAAGAUCCCGCAGGAUCUAAAAAAGGCAAAACAGAAGCACACAUGGAAAGAAAUAAGGAAGUCUCAGAGGAUAUUUCUAGAUUCAGUGAAAUGACUCUAGGAACUACAAAAGAAAAAAUGAUUGUAGACGCAGAAGAUAUUCGACCAGCAAUCCUAGCGCUAAAAGAACAGGACCAUGUGAAUCCUCAGCACUUUGUGGAAGCUAAAGAGAUUCUUCAGCUUCCACAAGCAAAAUCCCUUUAUCCAGAAUUACCAGUGGAGAUUGUUGACCAUAAAAGGGAUGUUGCUACUAUCAAGCCUCUGCCACAGUGUGAACGGUUGUACCCAGAAGUUCCACAGCAACCCAAACCACUUCCCUUCACCAAGGAGCAGCUGAAAAUAUUUGAACCGUGUUCAUGGUUAGAGAAUGUGGAAUCGUUCACUGAAGAGUUUGAGAGUAUAGUUCAUCAGGAUAGACAUGAAUUCCAUGAACUACUGAUGAAUUAUGGGCGGUGUAGAAAACAACUUUUAUUGGCUGAAGCAAAACUUCAGAUUAUGGUAUCAGAUUGGAAAAAUAUUAAGAGUAAAGUGUGGGAUUUUAAAGAAGAACACAUGACUGUCCAGGGUCUUUGUGAAGAUCAAGCAAAAGUGGUUGGAUACCACCACUACCAAACUGCAGAAAUAAACGCCUCUGCCUUAGGGGACCUAAAACGGCUCUUUGAGCUGAAAUCUGAUCACUUGCAUCAGACAUUUGCCCUGCACUCAUAUACCUCGGUGCUGUCCCGCCUGCAGGUUGAAUCGUAUAUCUACGCAUUGGUGAACAACUCGCCAUUUCUGAGAUCGGUGGCUGUUUACCAUGCAGACCAUGGCUCACAUAAGCUAGAAGGAUCGCUUGCUGAUGUCGUCCUGCUGAAGGAAUGUAUUAGUGUCCUGUUCAGCUUCACACGAAGAAUCAUUGAAGAUUCUCCGUUCCAGAAUGAUAUUCUGCUGUGGCUUCAGAAGCUGGUGUCUGUCUUACUAAAAGUCGGCUCUCUGGGCGAUCACCUUUUUCUAUUGAACCACAUCCUUCGGUGUCCAGCUGGUAUCAAUAAAUGGGCAGCUCCGUUUGUUCAGGUUCGAGUACUACACAACCCUGCAGGCGUCUUUCAUUUUAUGCAACUUCUUGCUGUACUUAUGUGUCCUGUUAGGAACAGAACAGACUACCUGUGUCACAUGAAACCAAAUGAAAAGAAAGCUUCAUCUGGCAAAGAAUCAGGAAACUGGACCUUAGUUGACGAGGGUGGGGAAGAGGAUGAAGAACCUGAGACAAGCUGGAUGCUGCUGUCCGAGGAUGACCUUAUUGCCCUUUUAUCCCAAUUUCCAUUUCAUGAUCUAUUUAAAACUAUUCUUGGCUUUAAUUCCAGAGGUGAUUAUUUUCCUGAAAAAACAACACCACAGGAAAUGAUGAAAAUAUUUGCUUUUGCCAAUUCGUUAGUUGACCUUCUGGCCCUUGGCUUAGAAACGUUUAACAGAGCACGGUAUCGGCAGUUUGUCAAGCGCAUUGGCCGAAUCAUUCGGAUGACCCUGUGUUAUGUGAGCGAUCACUGGGCCCUGUACCUGAGCAAUAACUGCAGUUCUAACCAGAGCUUGGAGUUGUACUCGGUGGAGAAGCUACAGGCAGAGUAUGAUGAGCUGUUCCUGCGAGCUGUGCUCCAUGUGCUUAAGGCUAAAAGGUUGGGGAUUUGGCUCUUUAUGUCAGAAAUGCCAUAUGGGACUCUAUCGAACAAUAUGCUCUGGAAGCUGUUCUAUCUCAUGCACAAUGCUGAACGUGAAGAUGUGAGCACCCUGCAGGGCAGCGUAGAUGGGGCUGACUGCAUUGCCAGAAUGAAUGUUCCUGAAAAUAGAGAAAAGUUUGAGUGCUAUCUCUCUACAAUGAACAGCUCAGAAGGAAUUUGUCUCCUUACUACAUUUGCUCAGAUGACACAAACCAUGCAGAAGGAAGUGGACAUAGAGCUGGUUAAAAGCAUAGCCUUAGAGAUCUACGAGGUAUCUUAUGUCGGUCUUUCAACACGAGAAACCUUUUCUAAAGUGGGAAGAGAGCUCCUUGCUACAAUAACCGGAGUUCACACUGAAAUAAUUUCUGUCCUCCUAGAGCGUGUCCGGCAGACUAUUGAUAAAGUGGGCAUGGUCUCCUUGUACUUGUUUAAAGAGCUGCCUUUGCAUCGCUGGAGUCCAACUUCAUCAGAGAUUAGUGUGAUCCGUGAAUGGCUACUCAGUUACAACCUUGCUGAUGUGGAAAAUAAACUUGCUUGCAUCAUACUGGAAGGACUUAACUGGGGGUAUAAUGAAAAGAAUUCUCUCUAUCUUGAUGCUUCAGUUCAUGUUGAAGUUGCCCUCAUGGUACUGGAAGCGUACCAGAAGUAUAUUUCCGACAAACCGUACACGGGCAUUAUUUCUGAAAGUAUUAAACAGGUGUCAUACCUGGCUAGUAUUGUGAGAACUGGGCAAACACCAGAGGCUGCAUUUAAUCAGUGGGCUUGGGAUUUAGUACUAAGGCUUAAAUUGCACAGAAAGGACCGCCGUGAAGAACUCUGUGACAAAGUGCCUGAUCUGACAGAGGUGUCCGUACUUCAUCCUGUACUUAAAGCUGUCAAGUCAGGGGUCCCUAUUGGAUGCUACAUCGCUCUAGCAGCUGCAACUGUAGGACACAGUGUAGAUAAAUUCUGUGCUGAAGGUGUGGUUUUACUUGGGGACCUGGUCCAGGCAAGGCAUCUUCGAGCUGCUGUUCACAUUUUGGAUAAAGUUUUGCCUAUGUUCUAUUCUUGCCAGUUUUACCUUCUGAAGAAUGAACAGUUCUUGUCCCAUAUUCAGCUUUUCCUUCAGCUGGACAAUGGUGUUCCUCAGGGAAUAACAUUGCAGAUGACACACAAAGUUACUCAGCACUUGACUGGAAUCAAUUAUGGAGAGAAUGUCAAACUUCUAACAAACUUGAUACUGGGUCAUAUUUUUGAAAGUACUAAACCCAAUGGGGUGGGCCCUUCAGCAGUGUUGGAGUUUUGGACUCAAGUCCUCAUUAGCCAGCAACUCUGGCACAGAGAUAAAGGGGCCCUUCACCUUAUGGACCAGUUGUGUAAAGUGGCGUUUCGAUACAUGCAGGAGGAUUGUGUGCAUAAACUGCUUUAUCAACAGCACAAGGAUGCCUUAGGAUAUCACUGUGACCGAGGUCUGCUGUCCUCUUUUGUAGGCUGGAUAGUGGCUGGAAACAUAACGCCUUCUUUUAUAGAUUCAAACUACAAUCCGUCUCAGAUUUGGUUUUCUUGGACAGUUCUUAAUACUGAGUCUUUGUUUGAAGAAGAUUCUCAGCUGCGCAGAGUUGUGGAAUGGGAGCUGAUCAGCAAUCCUUCCAUAUCACCGGAUCAGGCUCUAAAGAAAGCUCAGCAGCAAUUGAAACUUCCCAUUGUGCCUUCAAUUCAGAGGUUAAUGAUCUAUCGUUGGGCUCACCAAGCAAUGGCGACUCCCGCAGAUCACCCCCUUUUGCCUCUGUUUUGGCAGAAGUUUUUCCUACUUUACCUUAACCGCCCAGGACCACAGUAUGGGUUACCUGUGGAAGGGUGCAUCGGAAAGCGAUUUUUCAGUAGCCCAGCUCACACUCACCUUCUAAAGCAGAUGAAACGACGUCUGAUGGAACUAGCAGACUUUCAUCAUUCAGCCAGCAAAGCCCUUCGGGUCCUUGUUCCUAUGGACGGAUCUCCUGUCCUAUCAGACUCCGGAGGCAGCACUCAGGAUUGUAUGAUGUCCCCAGAUCUGCACAAAGAGCUUGUCAAGUUAUUUAAUGUAUUUAUUGUGUGGCUGGAUGAAGAAAGUUUUCAGAAAGGAGAUGUGUACAUCCCUUCACUUCCCAAGCAGUAUGAUACACACCGUCUGGCUAAAAUAAUGCGCAAUGAACAGAGUUUGUGGAUGGAAUUUGUCAACAUGGAACGCAUAAUUUACGAAAUUCAGGAAUCCGUAAAUACUUGGACCAAAAUCAAAUUAGAAAUGGAUACAAGUCUGCAUGCUCCAAUAGCAGUAGUGGAUCCCUCCAAAUCUGUUUCAGCAAAGGAGAGGAUCCUGAUGAACCUGAGGAAGCACAGUUUUCCUUGCCCUGGUAUUACCCUGCAGCUUAUGAAACCACCAGUGCCUGUGAUUCCCUCCUCUUGUUACAUUAGCCCCCAGGAAGCCAUGAAACUUGUUCAUAAAGACCUAACUAUCCUACAGCAGCAUGCAAAAUCCGCGUGUAUGCGGGAGUCUCAGCAAGUAGCAGUUGACGGCGAGAUGCUUGAUACGAUUCCAAAAUUAUACAUCAACAGGGAAGAACAAAUUGAAAUGAAAAUGGAAUGCCGGGGGAAUUUAAAUAAAUCAUGCUCAGGGCCUGCUGUGGUUACAGUCAAGUUUGAAGGCAUGCAAAUGGACGAGGCAAUAAGCCAGCAACUGCAUAUCUUGCGAAGAGAGAUGAAGCAGUUACAAGCUGAAGCCACAAAGCCAACAGCACUCAAUAUUAUAGAAACCGCCGUCCACCUGGAAAACUUUAUAACGGCUCUGGUGAACUCCUUCAAAGUGAAGUCUCCUCUUGAAAUUCAGAAGAUUGGAAUUGCGACAUUUUUUGCAGUAGUAGAGUACGUGUGUGAUGAUACCCAGCGACACCCUCCGUCACGGCAGUUUUUUACUUCUUGUAUUGAAAUUCUGGGUCAGGUUUUUAUAAGUGGAACUCAGUCUGAAUGUAGACCAGUCCUGGAUACCAUUUUGCAGAAUAGGAGGCUGUGCACCCUUUUGUCUCCUUAUUUUACUCCAGCGGCCUCUCCUACGGACUUUGUGCAUUUGUAUGAGAAGGUCGUUCAGGCCAUCAGAGAUGAUAACAGUGAUGUCAUCUUUAUGCUGCUAACAAAGUUUGAUCUCAACCAUUGGUUGAACUCUGCAAAGCCUUCUAUGUCAGAGAGGACCAAGCUGAUUGAAUCGGUCCACUUGGCUCUGACCCUUUGUGGCCUUGUACCUGAAGAAGACAUGUUAAUGCCUUUUAACAUAUUCUGUAAGCACUGGAACUCGGUCUUUCGCUAUCAGUUCCCAGAUCAUUACAGCGACUGCCUCAGAUUACUCAUGCAAAGUUCUGCAGAUCAGCUCUUGAGCCCUGAAUGUUGGAAGACCUCAUUGAAAGCAAUUGGCUGCUAUACCCCAAGAAAGCCUCAAAGUACAAUAAAGCCAGAAUCUGCAGACCCUUUGUUUCCUGGUUGUGCCAACAAGCUAAUGUUGUCGUCUGAGCAGGUAUUGGAGACGAUCAAAUGGCUGUCGGAUUUUUUCUACAAGCUGCGAUUUUCCAAACCAGAUUUUCAGAGCUUUGGUCUUCUCUCCAAAUGGAAUCCUUAUAUAUCAGAGAUGAAGAUUUUCUUUGAGUACUUAGUGAAGAGUCUGAUAGACUAUGAAACCGUCAGCCUCAAGCAAGAGCCAAUGGGAAGCCAUAGAGUUCACACAGUGCUAAAAUCUCUUCAUUCAGUCAUCACCGAGCUUUUCAAACCGUGGCUCAUGGUUUUAGAUAAAGAAGACAACAGUAACCAGCGCUGUUACCCGUGGCUUGAGAGUGACACAUCAGUUGCGAUUGGGCUGGUCCAAUUAUUUGGUGACUGUAUUCUUACUCUUCAUCUGAAAAGUCAGGACCACCUACUACCAGGCCAGCAUGGAGCCCUGUGGUUGCAUUUGAUGCAUUAUUGUGAGUCCUGCACUGCCCCAAAGCUGCCAGAGUACAUCCUCUAUGCCUAUCACAUGGAGUAUAGCAAACUGCCUUGGAAGGACAUGUACCCUGACCAGACACUCAUGGAGGAGUUCUUCAAAGUGGAACGAGGCAGCCCAAAGAGCUGUUUUCUGUUCCUAGGAGCUGUAUUAUGUGAAGUUAACUGGAUGAGUAUUCUAUCUGACUGCUGGGGACCAGCUCCUCACCCAGAAACCCACAGAAUGAUGGUCUGCCUCCUGUUCAUGCUGGUUUUUCUUGCUAAAGAAGAGAAGCUGAUCAAUGAACCGGGGGCGCCGCUGCUUAACCUAUUAGGACAGGCUAGCACCUUGUCCUGGCACUUGGUUGAUGCCGUAUCUUACCAGAAUGUGGUAGGCUAUUUUAGCAGCCACUACCCGCCUUCUGUGAUCCUCAGUAACCACUUGGCAGAUGAGCUUGUUCUGAAGCUAUUAAAGGUCUCUGCAGGACUUACCACUUUUCCAGAGAGCAACAUUUACUCUGAUGUGACUCCAAAAUGUCGAAUUUACAUUCAGCAAGUGGUUCAGUUCUUGGGCUCUUUGGAGCAGAACAGUAAAAUAACGGCUGCUGCCCUAGAGAAAGAGAUGUCUAAACUCCUGGAUGAUAUUGUCAUCUUCACCCCACCAGAUUUGGAAGUUCAGAAACGUCACAUGGCACUUAGCAGUCUUUUCAUGGAGCUCUUAAUGUUGAUGAACAAUGCCAGCGUGACGACUGCAGAAUCGCUGAGAGGUUCCUUGGUGAAGUGGAUUGAUAACCGAGUACAAGGCUUGCUUGUGAUGCCUCUCUUAACAGCUGCAUGCCAGAGCUUGGCAUCCAUCAAACACAUGGCAGAAGCAACGGAGGCCUGUAUCUUAGCAUAUUUUAAAGAUGAAACUCUUCAUAAUCUAAAUCCUGGCUGGGGUCCGAUCCUGGCAUCGCUUCAGGUUCCUGAGCUUACUACAGAAGAAUUCUUGCAGGAAUGCCUGUCCCUGGGGAGCUACUUAACCCUACAUGUGUAUGUUCUGCAGUGUUUAAACCGAGAACAGACCCUUGUCAACGAGAUGAGGGUCCUGGUCAAAAUUACCAAGUGGUUGGAGCAAGCACAACCAAACUCAGUCAACGAAGAACCAAAACUGUUCCUUUGGUGGCACAAAGCUCUUCAGUUAUCCCUGAUUCAAGUAGAGCAGAACGAUAGUAUUGUAACGGAAUCGGUUCUUCGGGUAUUGCUUUCUGUCCAAAGCAGACUUAGCCUGUUGGGUGAAGAACGAAUAACUUCAGGCAUUCUUGGUGCUAUAGGUUUAGGAAGGAAGUCUCCUCUGUCAGCAAGGUUUCGAGUAAUCGCUCGCAGUUUGGCUGCAUUUAUUUUAGCCCAGAUUCCUUCAGAAAAUCAAAUUCGCCUUAAGGCUGGUUCUGGAUUGCACUUGUCGCCAAAAGCUCAGCAGGCACUGAGUGCUGUGGAAUCAAUGACCUCAAACAAACAGUAUGCAGAGUAUGAGGAACAAAUAUCCCAGGCGGCCCAAUUUAUCCGAUACCCAGGACACUGCCUUCAAGAUGGAAUUACGCUGCUAGCCCUGCUAAUCAACUCUUUGUACCCAGAAGUGCAUUAUCUAAAUAUAAUACGAUAAACCAGAGAGACGUUCAUCUGGGACAUUUUUUAUGCUUCUUUUGAAAUUGUUUACUGUGUGCAAUUCAUGUUUUAAUACAAAAAAACUAUAUAAACAAAUUGAUUUAAAUAUCAAAAGAAGAAAAAAAAGAUAUUCUAUUAUACUAUAAGCUUAGCGUAUUUGUUAUAGCUCGUGAAGAGACUUAUUAAUGACUGAUACAGGAACAAUACAAGACUAGUGGUGUCUGUACGUAUUUGAUGUAUGUGUAACCGAGUCCGCAGGGUGCACUGCGCAACUAAAAUGGCGGAUUACAACUACUGCCAUUGUCCAGAUAUUAUGCUUUCUUAAGUGUAUCUCCCGUCUAAAUGGUUGUGUUUUUUUGUUGUUGUUUUUUGGGAGGGGGGUGGAUUACUUGGAAAAAAUCUCCUGCUCUUCUACUCCGUCUGUGUUGGAACAUAUUAAUAUUUCAGCCAUUAAUGUUAACAUUCUAAACUGUGAUUAAAAAUGUUUGCAUCAUGUAGUUAUAUUUAGGGGUUCUGGUAAAAAAAAAAUGUAUCUUUAACUUUGUAAAGCAAAAAAGGGGGGGUAUAACCAUUUUUAUGUGGGGUUUUUUUUUGGGGGGGGGGGGUUGUUGCACUUUGUCACCCCAUUAGUUAAUUUGCACCUAAAAUAAUUGUGAUUCCUCCAGAUGUGCUAAAGGGACAUUAAACUCCAAAUUUUGGUCUGCAUGAAAUGUUUCAUUAUGUAAAAUAAAAAAUAUUUCUAUUAUUUAUUUCAUAUGCUUUCUCCUGUAAAUUGAACAGUGUAGUUUCCACUCCCCCGCCCCCUUAGAAGAUGGAGCACAUUCAGCGGAAUGCAGAACCCUGACACUUCUACAUGCUGCACACGUGCAAGAGCUUAUAACUGCCGCUAAUUGACAACACCUGAUAAACAGACUUUUCAAGGUGUGUCACAGGCCUGCAAAACAAGGCAGAUAUCUCAAACAAAAAACAUGCAUUUAAAACAUUUUGCUAUGCAGUGAAUAUUUUGUGAUGCAUAAAUAAAAAAAAUGAUUUUAAUGACCCUUUAAUUAUUGUAAAACCAUGAAUACUUUUUGUAGCUACAAACAUGAAAUAUAAUUAUACCUAAUGGGAAGUAGGAACGCAUGAUGGUACCAGUGUAUAUACACUCUAGUAGGAAUCUGUUUAUAAAUUAUCAUUUAAAUUAAUACUAUUAAAGGGACACUAAACCCAAGUUUUCUCUUUAUUUUCUUUCAUGAUUCAGAUAGAGCAUGCAAUUUUAAGCAACUUUCUAAUUUACUGCUAUUAUCAAUUUUUCUUCGUUCUCUUGCUAUCUUUAUUUAAAAAGCAGGAAUGUAAAGCUUAAGAGCCGGACCAUUUUUGGUUGAGAACCUGGGUUACUCUUGCUUAUUGGUUUGUUAAAUGUUGCCACCAAUAAGCUAGCGCUAUCCAGGGUGCUGAAGAUAGCAAAAGAACAAAUACAAAUUGAUACUAAGAGUAAAUUAGAAAGUUGCUUAAAAUUGCUGCUCUAUCUGAAUUAUGAAAGAAAAAAAUUGGGUUUAGUGUCCCUUUAAGCCUUUGGUUGCCAUUGCAUUGCUGUGCAGUUUUAUUUGCUCUAUUUAUACCCAGUAGCUAAGCUAAGCUGUAAGUAUUUUAUUUCUAUAUUUAAUUUCUUGCUAGUUAUUUAUCAGUGUCUCAUCUCUAAUAAGUACAAUUAAGGUUAUGUGUAUUGAAGCAGUGUACUGUCGCUGUAAACAAUCAGUUGUGUCAUAAAAUAAACUUCUUUUGUGAUAUUA